GUGCUCGGCAGCUGCCAACCGAAACGGUGACGUUUGCUUGAAUGCUUCAAAUUUGUUUGAUAACGGCCAUUGCCAGUCGCAGCCGAUCAACAACGCCACCGUACGCCGAUCCGGUCGGUUUGCAAUUCAAUCAUCUUUCCAUCGGGUUACCGAUGGCGUGCGUUUCGUAGCUUUCUGCAGAGAAGCAAUAGUUGUAGUGUUAACCAAGUUUGAUAUUUUCGUGUGUGUGUGAGUGUGUGCAAAAAAUGGCAGAAGUUCCGUCGCCGAAAAUGGAAGAAAGCUUCUGGCGUGGGGUGGUGCUGCGAUGGGUGGAACGUUCCGGCCUGAACCCCGGCCAGGAUUACAUCGAUCUGGCCGCUUGCUACGACAGCUUCCGCAGCAAGCUGAAGGGUGCGUACGAGCUGCAGGAAGCGACCGUCGCGGAGUUUAUGCGUGCCAAGUUUCCGCGCUUCGAGCUGCGGUUGGGCCCGGGCGGCGAGAUUCCCGAGAGCGAGUACGUGUACGUCUUCUCGCUGAUGCUUUACUUCUCCUGCAUCAAGCACCCGGUGCCGUACUUUCAAAACAUUGGCAAAGAGUUCGACGAACCGUUCCAGUACAGCAUGAAAGCGUUUCUCCACUCGUUCGUGUCGGAGGGCAGCAAGGAAAUGCGCAUCGAUCGUGCGUUUCUGGAGCGAGCGUUCGGGAACGCAGCACGAUCGGCGCCCGCGUGCAGGGCGGACGCCGGGUCCAGCGCUACCCUCUGCCAAAGCGCGGUACAAAUGAUCACCAGCACGCCGAACGGCAAGCGCGAGAUGAAGAAACCGUCCCCGGUGACGCCUAAAAGUGUGGCGCUCGAGUGGAAGGUGAAGAAUCUGUCCGAGCUGCUCGUAACGGCCCGCGCCGAAAACACCAGCCAGGAGAGGCAGAUCGAGCAGCUGCUCCAGAGCGUGCAGGAGCUGCAGGAGGAGAAGCGGCGCAAUCUGGCGAAAAUCAGCGCGCUCGAGCUGAAGGAAGCGUGCGUGUGCAUGAGCGACGCGGUGGACUAUCUGGCGCACCCGCUGGGCCGGGCGACCGAGCAGCUGCAGAAGCAGCUCGAAUCGAAGAACCGCUCCAUCGAGGCGCUGGAGGAGGAGCUGAGCAGGGCGAAGGAGACGGCCAGCACGGAGAUGGAGCGGUACCGGGCGAUGAAGAAACAGUACGCCACGCUCGAGGAGGACAAUCAGCUGAUGAAGCUGACGGCCGAGGCGCUGAGGGAGGAGCUGGCCGCGAAGGACGGCGCCAAUCAAAACCUAGCGGAAGCGGUGAACGAUUUGCGGCGCUUCAUCAGGGAAAACCACUUGACCAACGGGCAGCCGAUGGAGCCGCUGGAAAGUUCGUUCGAGUUUUUGGACAGAUCGUUUAAAAAUGUGACCCCGGGCAACGAUAGCCUGUGCAACGAUGCGGAAACGCUGGCGGCGACGGUUGUGGACGUGAAGCUAAAGGAGAAGGAGCACGAAAAUGAGUGCCUGAACAGAAAGGUACAAGAGCUGGAACAGCGAUGGGAGGAGCAGUGUAAGGCACACGCGCAGGAACUCGCGCGGAUGCAAACGGAGGCACAGCGGCUGGCCCAAACACUUGAAGCAUGCGAGCAGGCCAAAGCGCAGCUCGAGAAACAUCUGGAAAGGGAAAAGGCCACGACGAACGAACUGAAUGCUUGGAAAGUACAGCUGAAUCAGCAGUUAGCAGAUGCAAAGGUUUUAAUGGAUAAGAAGGUGGCCGAGCAGCAACAAUCAUUAGGACGCGCGUUGGAACAAGCUAAAGCGGAACUCGUAGACCAGCUGCUAAAGUACCAGACCAUUAUGGAGCUGGUAGAAAACGAGAAGAAACAAUUGGUAAAGCAGCGUGAAGAGAUAAAGGCUUCGAUGAGCGCGGAGAACGCUGAGCUCCGUCGAUCAUUAGAAGCGAUCGAGCAGAACAAAACACAACUUGCAGCUAGUUUGAAAAUGGAACGGGCGUUGGUAGAGGAUCUGACUCGUCGUAAUCAGGAGCUGCAGGCCCAAAAGUCCCAGCUGAAAGAGGAGUUUGAAACUUCGAAGGCCUCAACGGAUGCAAAGAUUGCGGCGCUACUGCAAUCGUUGGACGCAAACGAACAAAACAAAGCUCAGCUUGCCGACAAUCUGGAAAGGGAAAUGGCAAAGACGCGGAACCUAACUAGUAGGAAUACGGAGCUAGAUGUCGUCAAGAAACAACUGACGGAAGAGCUUGAGUUGGUCAAGACAUCCAUGCAUGAGAGCAAUGCAGGAUUGCAACGAUCGCUGGAUGCGUUGGAACAUACCAAAACACAACUUGCUGACAAUCUCGAACAGGAAAUGGCUAAGACUGCUGAUCUGAACCGUCUGACGGAGGAGCUUGAAGCUGAAAAGAAGCAGCUGAUGCAGGAGCUUGAAAUUCAGAAGAAGCAACUGAUGCAGGAGCUUGAAGUUGCUAAAACAUCGAUGAGUGAGAACAACGCCGAACUCCAACGAUCUUUGAAAGCGAUCGAACAAACUAAACUGCAACUUGCAGAUAAUCUGAAGAAGGAAAUCGCUAAGACAGCUGAUCUGUACCGUCGGACGGAGGAGCUGGAAGUUGAGAAGAAACAGCUGACGCAGGAGCUUGAAGUUGCAAAAACUUCGAAGAGUGAGAACAUCGCCGAACUCCAACGAUCUUUGGAAGCGAUCGAACAAACUAAACUGCAACUCGCAAACAAUCUGGAGAAGGAAAUCGCCAAGACAGCUGAUCUGAACCGUCGGACGGAGGAGCUUGAAGUUGAGAAGAAACAGCUGACGCAGGAGCUUGAAGUUGCUAAAACAUCGAUGAGUGAGAACAUCGCCGAACUCCAAAGAUCUUUGGAAGCGAUCGAACAAACUAAACUUCAACUCGCAGACAAUCUGGAAAAGGAAAUCGCCAAGACAGCUGAUCUGAACCGUCGGACGGAGGAGCUUGAAGCUGAAAAGAAGCAGCUGACGCAGGAGCUUGAAGUUGCUAAAACAUCGAUGAGUGAGAACAAUGCCGAACUCCAACGAUCUUUGGAAGCGAUCGAACAAACUAAACUUCAACUCGCAGACAAUCUGGAGAAGGAAAUCGCCAAGACAGCUGAUCUGAACCGUCGGACGGAGGAGCUUGAAGCUGAAAAGAAGCAGCUGAUGCAGGAGCUUGAAGUUGCUAAAACAUCGAUGAGUGAGAGCAUCACCGAACUCCAACGAUCUUUGAAAGCGAUCGAACAAACUAAACUGCAACUCUCAGAAAAUCUGGAAAAGGAAAUCGCUAAGACAGCUGAUCUGAACCGUCGGACAGAGGAGCUUGAAGUUGAGAAGAAACAGCUGAUGCAGGAGCUUGAAGUUGCAAAAUCAUCGGAGAGUGAGAACAUCGCCGAACUCCAACGAUCUUUGAAAGCGAUCGAACAAACUAAACUCCAACUCGCAGACAAUCUGGAAAAGGAAAUCGCCAAGACAGCUGAUCUGAACCGUCGGACGGAGGAGCUUGAAGUUGAGAAGAAGCAGCUGUUGCAGGAGGUUGAAGUUGCUAAAACAUUGAUGAGUGAGAACAAUGCCGAACUCCAACAAUCUUUGAAAGCGAUCGAACAAACUAAACUCCAACUCGCAGACAAUCUGGAAAAGGAAAUCGCCAAGACAGCUGAUCUGAACCGUCGGACGGAGGAGCUUGAAGUUGAAAAGAAGCAGCUGUUGCAGGAGCUUGAAGUUGCUAAAACAUCGAUGAGUGAGAACAACGCUGAACUCCAACGAUCUUUGAAAGCGAUCGAACAAACUAAACUCCAAUUCGCAGACAAUCUGGAAAAGGAAAUCGCCAAGACAGCUGAUCUGAACCGUCGGACGGAGGAGCUGGAAGUUGAGAAGAAGCAGCUGUUGCAGGAGCUUGAAGUUGCAAAAACAUCGAUGAGUGAGAACAUCGCCGAACUCCAAAGAUCUUUGGAAGCGAUCGAACAAACUAAACUCCAAUUCGCAGACAAUCUGGAAAAGGAAAUCGCCAAGACAGCUGAUCUGAACCGUCGGACGGAGGAGCUUGAAGUUGAGAAGAAGCAGCUGACGCAGGAGCUUGAAGUUGCAAAAUCAUCGGGGAGUGAGAACAUCGCCGAACUCCAACGAUCUUUGAAAGCGAUCGAACAAACUAAACUCCAACUCGCAGACAAUCUGGAGAAGGAAAUCGCCAAGACAGCUGAUCUGAACCGUCGGACGGAGGAGCUUGAAGUUGAGAAGAAGCAGCUGAUGCAGGAGCUUGAAGUUGCAAAAACAUCGAUGAGUGAGAACAUCGCCGAACUCCAACGAUCUUUGAAAGCGAUCGAACAAACUAAACUCCAACUCGCAGACAAUCUGGAAAAGGAAAUCGCCAAGACAGCUGAUCUAAACCGUCGGACGGAGGUGCUUGAAGUGGAGAAGAAGCAGCUGACGCAGGAGCUUGAUGAUAUGAAGACUACGAAUGCAGCGCUGCGUCAAUCGUUAGAAGUGCUCGAGCUAACCAAAACGCAAAUCACGAACAGCUUAGAACUGGAAUUGGUUAAAAUCGGGGAUCUGAAGCAUCAACUUAAGGCAAUGGACGAGGCGAAGACUCUGGCGGAAAAGCUAGGCGACAGUGGGCGGUCGGAAAUGCUUGCGAAAAUAUCGCUACUGCAGCAGAACCUGGAGGAAGAGAGAGAAAAAUCGGAGGAAAUCAAUUGUCAAUACUUAGCAAUGAAACGGCAGGCCGACGAUCUAGAUGCGCAGUGUACAAAGCUGAUGAAAUCGUUAUCGGAAAAUCGGACAGAAGUGUCCGAUCUGCAACAGCAGCUUGCGGGCAAGACAGCGGAACUUGAGCAGCUGAAGUUGCAGUACGAAACGAAACAGUCCCAAAAGGCAAAGGAAGAGGAUCUGGACCGUCUGGCGCUCGAAAAUGAAAAGACCAGCCUACAGCAAGAGGUCGCUCGUUUACAAGCGGCGAUGGACGAGAAGACGGACACGCUGCGCCGAUCGCUCGAGAGCGUCCAGGAAGCGAAAUCGCAGCUCGCCCACGACCUCGAAAAGGAGAGACAAAGAGCGGUAGGCCAGCAAGCGGAAACGGCCGACAAGCUAGCCGUGCUGCAGCAACAGCUCGACCAGGAACGGCAAAAGUGCGAAGAGCUCAACCGGCAGUACCUGGCAGCGAAACGGCAGGCGGAAGAGCUGACCGCAAAGUGCACCGAGCAGGCGCAGAAGUUGUCCGACGAUGGUGGCCAGCUGCCCAGCCUGCAGCAGGAGAUUGUCGCGAAGGAGGCGCAGCUGGAAACGCUGAAGGCACAGUACGACAAGGUACUGGCCGAGAACGAGCAGUACGUCACGGAUUGUGAAAUAUUGUCGGUGAAGCUGUACUGUGCGCGGAAGAAGCACACCGAGAUGGAAGCGGAAUGGGCCCAGGAGCGUGCCGCCCUAAAGAAGGAGCUGCACGAGAAGCUGCACGAGUCGCGGAUCGAGCACCAGAACACCAUGGAGAAGAUGAAGAAUCAUAUGGUAAAGCUACACGAAGAAUCGAAAACAAAGCUAGAACACGACAAACAGGGACUGGCAGCAAUGGCGGAAGGCUACCGCAGAAAGAUUGAAAACUUGGAAUCGCGCUGCACCAUGCUGCAGAAGCAGCUGGCCGAAAUGAACGAACGCAAUCUAGAAACGCGCAAGGAGAACCAGCUGCUGCAGCUCAGGCUGAAAACGAUCGAGGAGCACCAGGGCAGCGAUCGAAAGUCGCUAAUGCUGCCCUCCCAGUCCAGCCUUCGCUCCAAUCUGCAGAUGGAGGAUGAAGUGGGCGAGCUGUUCGAUAACAUGUAUCUGACCGAGCUGAAGAAUGGCCGCUGUACGCCGCCCGAUGCGAUGCACGCCGACUUCGACCGCUACUCCGAGCUGUCCCGGCGCAACUCGAGGCAGCCGCCGCACCUCCGCACCAACUACAUGGCCCUCGCACCGGACUGUAUACCGCCGCAGGAUGACACUGGGGAUAACAUUUCGACCACGUUCGACGACAGCUCCACCGGGCUGAUAACGCGCCGAAAGGUUAGCGGCAUCACCUCGUACAAGCGGCCCGGCCCGCCGACGCCGAGCAAGCGGGCCGGCCGCCUCUCGCUCAACGGUCCGCUCAUGCCGGGCCCGGCCGAGGUGCAGUACCGGGAUGCGUUGCGGGACACGAACGCGAAUGGUGCGGCCGCGCAGGACGCAUCGGCGGCCCGGACCGGGCGGACGAAGACGCCCGGCAAGUUCAAGCAGAUGAUGAGUGCGUCCAGCCUGCUGAGCAACUUCCAGCCGCGCGAUGAGAACACCUCACCGAGGCGACGGCUCAGCUGGUUUAACAAAGGCAAAAAGUAUUGAGCAGUGUGAACCAAGAAACCCCUCCCAUUCGCAACGGGUGCAAUUUCAACAAAUUUCCGUCGCUGUUUCGGUCCUGCUGUGCUAGUUGAUUCACUAAAAAAAAGCAGUUGUAUUGUUGCACGGUCAAUCGUUUAGGACACACGGGAGCGAUACCACAGGGCCGGAAUUGUUAGGCAAGUUAAUUUAACGUUAGUUAGUAGGCAGUGUGCAGUUUACUAUUAGAACCAGCGGUAGAAAGGGAUGAUUUUUUUAUUCUAUUUAAAGGGCAUAACAUUAAUAAAUUACGCAAUAUCAUUUAUGUGCUCCAAGGUUGAGUUAAUGUGUCGAGCAAAUGUCACAGCGGAAGCGCGAUAGUCCGAAGCGAACCCGUUUUUUUUUUGCUGUUGAACGCAUUUUUUACUAAUUUUAUUGAGCGGAUUUUAUGUAUGUACGACAUUGUGAUGAUGAGAUGAUACUCUUGCGCAUAAAAAAAAACAAUAAUCAAGGUUUUCCACUAACAAACACGACUACUGGGUGUGUUUUGGUGAUCCAACUAUACAAUUGCGUUUUUAUUCGUUUCAUUACAUAUACUUUCUGCUCUCGCUUCGUUCCACCUCCGUUCGGUUUCCCUCGCCAUCUUCCCAAGGCGAUCGAUUUCCUAACCCUGACCGAAAAAGGGCGCUCGCGCCACACCCUCGCUCUAAGAAGGUCGAACAUUCCUGCAAUCUCACGCAGCCCCGUUCCGACAAGACAAACAAAUAAUCGAUCAACUCCCUAGGGGUGUUUUAUGGGUUUUGUGGGAGAGAUUAUACCCCUAACGCGGGGAGUUCAUCGACGUUUGGACGAAUCUCCUCCGGAAAGCAAAACGAACAAAUCCCUAUUCGUAUUGUAUACCAUUUUUAAAUCUAUAUAUAAUCAACGUUUGCAACGUGUAACGAAACCGCAAAACAACUUCUAGCUUUUUCCGCGUCUCGGUACCAGAGAGAGAAAAAAAAAAAACACGAACAAACAAACAAAAACACUAAACUCACAAUAUAUAAGAACACGUACAAAAAGGAAAUGCUUUUUC